UUGGAAGCCACCUUACUGGCGGACUAUGUAUGGAGUGUUCUGAGAGGACGCGAUUCAGGGGCGUGGAUUCCCCUCCUCCCGCUUCUGAAACUUCCGGUCAUGCUUUCUCUUGCUCUCCGGUUGCAUCAUUGCUAGCCGGCGUGCUGUGGCGGGUUAUAAGGUCACUUCCCUGUUGGUAGCAACUGUAAUACCAAGUUCAUUCCGGCUGGAUGUUCUUUUCUUUUAAAAGAAGUGAGUAAGCAAAAUGCUGGUACAGCAAGUUCCAGAGAACAUAAAUUUUCCACAGGAGGAAGAGAAAAUAUUGCAGAUUUGGAAUACACUUAAUUGUUUUCAAGAAUGCCUGAAACAAUCAAAAAAUAGACCUAGGUUUACCUUCUAUGAUGGCCCACCAUUUGCCACAGGACUUCCUCACUAUGGACACAUACUUGCAGGAACCAUUAAAGACAUAGUAACUAGAUUUGCUCACCAGAGUGGUUUUCAUGUGGAUAGACGAUUUGGCUGGGAUUGUCAUGGUUUGCCAGUGGAGUAUGAAAUUGACAAAGCACUAGGCAUCAAAGGACCAGAAGAUGUAGCAAAAAUGGGGAUUGCCGAGUAUAACAACAACUGCAGAGGAAUUGUGAUGAGAUACUCGCAGGAAUGGAAAGUCAGUGUUACAAGGCUUGGACGGUGGAUUGAUUUUGACAAUGACUAUAAAACUCUAUAUCCAGAGUUCAUGGAGUCUGUGUGGUGGGUUUUCAAACAGCUGUAUGACAAAGGACUGGUAUAUCGAGGCGUUAAAGUCAUGCCUUUUUCAACUGCAUGCAACACACCUCUUUCUAACUUUGAAUCUCACCAAAAUUAUAAGGACGUUCAAGAUCCUUCAGUCAUUGUUAACUUCCCGUUAGAAGAGGAUGAAAAUGUGUCGCUAGUUGCUUGGACAACAACUCCUUGGACUCUGCCUAGCAACUUGGCACUCUGUGUUAAUCCAGAGUUGCAAUAUGUGAAGGUGAAAGACAAAAAUACAGGGAAAAUCUUCAUUUUGAUGGAAGCCAGGCUGUUAUCUCUCUACAAAUCUGAAAGUGAAUAUACAGUACUUGACAGGUUUCCUGGUAUUACUCUUAAAGGAAAGAAAUAUAAGCCUCUCUUCAAUUACUUUAUUAAGUGCAAAGAAAAUGGUGCUUUUACUGUAGUGACUGACAACUAUGUGAAGGAAGAAGAAGGUACGGGGGUUGUACAUCAAGCUCCCUAUUUUGGCGCUGAUGAUUACAGAGUCUGCAUGGAUUUUAAUAUUAUUCAGAAAGAUUCAGUGCCAGUUUGUCCUGUUGAUGCCUCGGGCUGCUUCACAGCAGAAGUGGCCGAUUUUGCUGGACAGUAUGUGAAGGAUGCCGAUAAGAACAUCAUCAAGACUCUAAAAGAGCAAGGCAGACUGAUCCACAUCAGCACUUUCAAGCACAGCUAUCCUUUUUGCUGGAGGUCUGAUACUCCUCUAAUAUACAAAGCUGUGCCAAGCUGGUUUGUUCGUGUGGAGCACAUGGUAGACAAGCUGUUGGAAAAUAAUGCCCAAUGCUACUGGGUUCCUGAAUUUGUGAGAGAGAAAAGAUUUGGAAACUGGUUGAGAGAUGCGCGUGACUGGGCUAUUUCACGAAACCGAUACUGGGGCACACCCAUCCCAUUGUGGGUCAGUGAUGAUGUUGAAGAGGUAGUCUGUAUUGGAUCUGUAGCAGAACUGGAAGAGUUGACAGGAGUGAAAGUUACUGAUCUCCAUAGGGAAAGUAUUGAUCACAUAACCAUCCCUUCACGCUGUGGUAAAGGUGUAUUGCAUCGUGUUUCAGAAGUUUUUGACUGUUGGUUUGAAAGUGGAAGCAUGCCUUAUGCCCAAGUCCAUUAUCCUUUUGAGAACAGAAAAGAAUUUGAAGAUGCUUUUCCUGCUGACUUCAUUGCUGAAGGCAUUGACCAAACCAGAGGAUGGUUUUACACUUUGCUAGUGUUGUCGACCGCUCUUUUUGGGAAGCCUCCUUUCAAGAAUGUCAUUGUAAAUGGCCUAGUUCUUGCCAGUGAUGGGCAAAAGAUGAGUAAACGAAAGAAGAAUUACCCAGAUCCAACCAAUAUUGUAAACACGUAUGGGGCUGAUGCUCUGAGGCUGUAUCUUAUCAAUUCUCCUGUGGUGAGAGCAGAAAACUUAAAAUUUAAAGAAGAGGGUGUAAGGGAUGUGCUCAAGGAUGUCUUCCUGCCCUGGUACAAUGCAUAUCGCUUCCUCAUUCAGAAUGUUGUUGUUCUGCAACUUAAGGAAGGUGGAAAGGAAUUCCUUUACAAUGAGAACACAGUUAAAGAAAGUAACAACAUCAUGGAUAAAUGGAUUCUAUCUUUUACACAAUCACUCAUUCAGUUCUUCAAAGAAGAAAUGGCAGCCUACAGACUCUACACAGUGGUUCCUCGGCUAGUUAAGUUUGUAGACAUUCUUACCAACUGGUAUGUCAGAAUGAAUCGCAGAAGGUUAAAGGGUGAAAAUGGAACAGAUGACUGCAUUAUGGCAUUAGAAACCUUAUUCAGUGUACUUUACUCCAUGUGCAGACUCAUGGCACCUUAUACUCCAUUUAUCACUGAACUGAUGUACCAGAAUUUGAAGAGACUUAUAGAUCCAGUCUGCAUUCAAGAGAAGAACACUGAGAGCAUCCACUACCUUAUGCUUCCUCAAGUUAGGGAGGAUCUGAUUGAUAAAAAUAUUGAAAAUGCUGUUUCUCGGAUGCAGUCUGUUAUUGAACUUGGACGGGUAAUUAGAGAUAGGAAAACCAUUCCAGUAAAGUAUCCACUGAAAGAAGUGGUGGUUAUCCAUCAGGAUUCCAGGGCACUGGAAGAUAUCAGGUCCUUUGAAAAGUACAUACUUGAGGAACUUAAUGUCCGUCAAGUAACAUUAUCAACUGAUAAAGAUAAGUAUGGAAUCCGUUUGAGAGCAGAACCUGAUCACAUGGUGCUUGGAAAGCGGCUGAAAGGUGCCUUUAAAUCUGUUAUGGCAGCUAUCAAGGAGCUAACUAGUGAGCAGUUGGAAAAAUUCCAGAAGACUGGCACAGUUUUUGUGGAAGGACAUGAACUACAUGAAGAUGAUCUCCGUCUGAUGUACACCUUUGACCAGACUGUAGGAGGAUCUGCCCAGUUUGAAGCGCACUCUGAUUCUCAGGUUUUGGUUCUCCUGGAUGUUACUCCUGAUCAAUCCAUGGUUGAUGAAGGUGUUGCUCGUGAAGUAAUAAAUCGCAUCCAAAAACUUCGGAAGAAGCGCAAUCUUGUGCCUACUGAUGAGAUUACAGUUUAUUACCGAGCAUGUCCAGAAGGUGAUUACCUUGAUACUGUUAUUAAGGAGCAUACAGAUUUCAUUUUUGCAACAAUAAAGGCUGCCUUGAAGCCAUACCCAGUGCCUACCUCAAAAGAAGUGCUUAUUCAAGAGAAAACCCAGCUGAAAGGAUCAGAACUGGAAAUUACUCUUGCCAGAGGUGCUUUACAUCAUCACAUUGAGCCAGCAUGUGCUUAUGUCAAUCUCAACAUCUGUGUUAAUGGUAAAGAGCAAGAUGGUAUGGUGUUACUAGAAAAUCCCAAGGGUGAUAAUAAAUUGGACUUCACCAAACUCAUCAAUGCCAUCUCAUGCAUUUUUGGGCUUAAAAAUUCAAAGUUAGUUGUUUUCAAUGGAAAAACAGAAUUGAAAAGCCAAACUGACUUGCUAAGUCUCAGUGGAAACACACUUCAUGUUACUUCAGGAUCAGCUCCAGCUUCGAACGGCCCUGAUGGCUUGCUCUGUCAGUAUAUCAAUUUGCAGUUAGUGAAUGCAAAACCACAAGAGUGUCUGAAUGGAGUGAUUGGAACCCUUCUUAUGGAAAACCCUGUUGGUCAGAAUGGACUCACAUAUCAAGGGCUUCUUCAUGAAACAGGGAAAGUGUUUGGACUCAGAAGCAGGAGACUGAAAUUGUUUUUGGAUGAAGCACUUACAGAGGAGAUUACAAAGGAAACCUCCAUGAAGACUCUUAACACGAAGACACUGUAUGUUCAUGUUAUGGCAACAACAGCUGAAUACUGAGCAUUCCACUUUUAUGAUUGCAACAGACUCUUUUCCAAGGAGAAAUCUAAUUUUGCAGUUGGGAUGCUUUCACCAAGAAGCCAGAACUGUGUGGGGUGUUUUGAACAACAGCAGUACUUCGUGGAACCUGUUUCUAUCAAUGCAUGUGUUAAUAUGCUCCUUUAGGUUUUAAAUACAGUGAAUUUUCAUUAUGUUAUAAGAUGUUGUAAAAGCUAUGCAGAGCAACGUCCAGUCUCAAAUUCACAAAGAGAUCUAUGCAGUUAGUUUUCUGAAAGAAAUUGGGGUGAGUACCUCAAUAAUGCUUUUCUUUGCCUGUCCUUUAUGGAGAAACUAUCUUUAGUUUUGCUGAUAUUGCUGCUCUUCCUUCAGUCAUACUGUGUUAUGUUGGCUUUAAAUCUAAUUAAAUAAGAGUUACCUGAUGUUUGUUCAGCAGUGUUGAUAGGCUGUUCUUGAAGUAUGUAUUGACAAAAACUUUCUCUAAUUUCCAUAAUUUUGAACAAUAAAUUGCUUUAUCCAGUGA